AUGCACUCCAGGGCGGUUUGCUCUGUCGUGCGGGGCACGCAUGGCCUCCCAGCCCGGGCCGCAUCUACAUCCACAUCAAUAGCAUGGCCAGGCGUCAUUCCCACGAGCCGUGCCUUCUCGACGACCCCGAACCGAUGGUCCUCGGACGAGCAGGGCGGAGACAAACCUAGCGACCCGCGGAACCGCUCCAGAGCUGCUGCAGACUCCCUCGGUGACCUCGCCGGACCCUCGAGCGCCAACGGGUCCGACUCGGCUGCGCCGUCCAAGCCUUCCUUCAGCGCCUUCAAGACGAGCGAGACGAUCGCCAACGUCCGCACCAUCCCCCGCCCCAAUGCAGGCCUGGCAGGGUCAGGAGGCCCCAAGCCCGUGCAUGUUGUCAAAGCCCCGAGUUUCUUGGGUAGAGGUCGUGGCCGCGGCGGCUUUGUUCGUCUGGGAGAGGGACGUUUGCCUGUUCCGCCAGGCGGGCGGUUUCCUGGAACUGGAGUGACGUCCCCGUCGACCAGUCGCGGUGGCAGGGGAGGCGGUGCUGCUCUGGGCAGCCCAAUGGAUCGGAUCGUUAUAUCGGGUGGAGUUCGUGGCGGUCGUGGCGGUCGUGGAGCUCGUGGAGCUCGUGGUCGUGGUCAGGGCGGCAGUCGCGGUGGCGAAAACAAGGAAAAGGCUAAGCUCACACCGGAAGAAGCCGAGAUAUGCAAGAAGCUGGAUGCCAGAUAUGACAGGCUGAACGCAGGUACUGCCGGAAUCUACACGCCUUCGACCAGCGUCGAGUCCUUGAAAGGUUGGCGUCCAGCUGUGCCAACAUCAACCGGCUCGGCUGGCAUGGUGGAAGGCGCCAUACGAGCCAUGCGAGUGUUGGGGGGUGGUCAAGCAUUCAACACGGAGAGCGGCCCCAACCAUCCGCGCGACACUGAGCAUCGUUACCACUCCGAGAAGCCUAUUUUCUUCUCGGACCCCAAGGAGCGCGACUACCUCAUUCAAGAAACACACCUCAGAUCCAUCCGGGGACCCGGGGAGGAGACCAAGGAGGCAAUUAUGAGCGCUGUCGUCAGGGGCGAGUAUGAGGGCCCCAAGUUUGCCGACAUGACGCAGGUUAUGCCAACGCUGGCCAUGUUUCACAGGCAGAACUCUACAUACAAAGCCUCAGAUGCUCAGAGAUUUGCCGACAAGGUGGCUUCUUUACUGCCUGGAGCCCCAAGACCUGCGCCCGGCAAGCAGCCAAAAGCUUAA